CAGGUGAGGGAGGGGAGCAGGGCGACGGCGACUUGCAAAUAGGUGAAAAGCGUUGGUAGCUCCUAGCAGAAGGGCAAGUUGAGAGGGGUAAGUGGGUGCGAGGGACAGAAGCUUAGAUUAGCUCCCUGGUACUGCCACGGAGAUUACAGAAGCACUGGUGAAGAGUGGCGGAAUACACUCGGAGAAGCUCAAUAGUCUAUAUCACAGAAGCUCUUUCCUCGUCUUUAGGCAUCUCUUAUUUCAUCGCUAUGAACUAGUGGAGGAACCUUAGCAGCUGGAGGAGGCGCUUUUCCUUCUCUUGCAGCCAAUAACCUCAGAACCGUUCCGAGGUUAAUAUUCUCUCCAUUAGAAUCCGGGCUCAGCAGCAUUGCUAUUUCUCUCUCACCAUGGCCGAGAUUGGACCGCUAAAGCUAGGAUUUGGGAUGAUGCGACGACUACUGCCAUACUGGUUCGCUCUAGUCGUAGCGGGGUUAGUGUCACACGCCGCAGCCACCGACUGGAGUAGCAUUGCGGCGAAGCUGGAUCCCGGAAUGCAGAAACUCAACUCAUGGCGGACCAACAGCGACCCUUGCGGAAGCCCUCCCUUUCAAGGAGUCACGUGCGACGGGCACCACCAGCCGGUCGCCCUGCAUUUGAACGGCCUGGGGCUCGCGGGCGAGAUUCCGGUGGAGAUUAAUCAAAUCGCGUCUCUGACGUUCCUCGAUCUGGGAAAGAACGCCCUCAGCGGCGCCAUUCCCGACAGCAUCAACAACAUCCUCAACCUCCAGGUGCUCAGCUUGAGCUCCAAUCGGAUUGGUGGACGGAUUCCGGAGCUGAAUCUGAUAACGAGCCUCUUUUCGCUGGACCUCAGUCGGAACCAGCUCGGGGACUCCAUUCCCGCCUCCAUCGGCUUGCUCACCAAGCUCAAGGUGCUGGAGCUGAACAACAACGAGCUCGCGGGUUCGAUUCCCGACGCCAUCGGCAAUCUGAAGCAGCUGCAGGACGUGUCUCUGGCGGAGAACCGCCUCACCGGCCGCGUGCCCAAGGGGCUUGAGUACCUGCGAGAAAGCCGCACUGCUAACUACAACUUCACCGCCAAUGGCCUAGGCUUCUGCGGAACGGGGUUUACCGGCCUAGUGGCAUGCCCCGGCGACCCCCCUUUCAUCCCCCGCAGCAAAUCCACACCGUCGCUUUCCCCGCUUCCAAAGCUGCCGCCCAAAACCCCCACCGUUCCCAAACCCAAGACUCCUAGAGUACCCACGCCCAGAAAGCCUGUCGUGCCGACGCCGAAGGUCCCUUCUGCGUCUCCUGUCAAGCCUGCCCGCCCAGUCAUUCCCAAACAGCCACUCAACCGAACUGCACCCCCCAUUGCAACCACCUCCCCUGUCGCCCAGCCCAAUACCCCUUCCUCCCCUCCAGCCUCCGCCACUCCUUCCCCCUUACUCGCUUCCCCCGGCCCCCCUUCCGCCUCCCCCCCGGACACCUUUAUCCCGCUCAAACCGGCGGUUCCGCCGCCUGCGCCGCUUCCCCCAACUGGCAGCACCACUGCCGUUGCUGAUGGCAGCACCAGCAGCAGCAGCAUCGACAACAGCAGCGAUAGCAGCAGCAGCAAUGGGAGCAGCGGCAGCAGCAGCAGCGGGGGGCUGAGUCUGCCAGUGUAUAUCGCCAUAGGGGCGGGUGCGGGGCUGGCGUGUAUCUUGGCCGCGCUGCUGCUCGCGUGGUGCUGCUGCUGCAGGGGAGGGCGCAAGGAUAAGAAGACCAAGGGGGUGGACAAAGACGGCUUCAAGGAGCCCGCCCUGUCUGUCGCCGCGGGCGGCGCCUGGGCGGCGAAGAAGCAGAAGCAGACAAACCGUCUCGGCGCCAUGCCACCCUCCACCGUCGCCGCAUCUGUCGGCUCCCCGGGAGCGCGCUCCCUGGCCGUCGAUGUCGAGAUGGGCGGCUGUCUGCCGUCCUCCCGCGAUCUCGCCGUGUUUCCCGCUGCCGCCUCCCCUACAGGCGCAGCGCCGGGCUCGGCGGCUGUAGCGGGGCUGGCUGUAGCGGGAGCAGCGGGAGCGGCUGCUGUGGCGGCUACAGCCAGGCAAGAGUCGCGCGGACGGCAGGAGAGGAGAGAGCGACAGAGUGAGUCUAGAGACCCGAAGGUUCGGCAAUCGGCGGCUUGGGAGCAGGCUCGGGGACAGGAGCAGAGCGGGUCUUUUGGUAGGCAGGAGGAUACGACAAGGGAUGCGAGCCAGCACAGUGCGUAUGGUACUCAUAGUGGCCGUGCUGCUGCUGGUGCUGCUGCUGGUGCUCCUGCUGGUGCUGAUGCUGGUGCUGCAUCUCGUGGUUACUACGACAGUGGUUACACGGCCCAGUCGACCGAGAAAGGCGCUGCUUACAGCAGUAUGAGCGCAGCGAGUGUGGCCCGGAACAGCGCUACCACCCCCAGCCCUGUCAAGAAUCUGGGCGGGUGGGGCGCCGCUAGGCAGCAGAGAGCUCCUGUGGCUGAUGCCGUUGCAGAGAGUGAGGGUGAGAGGGAGAGAGCGAGGGAGAGGGGGGGGGAGAGGGAGAGUGGGAGCGAGAGUGAGAGCGACGGCCCCCCGUCGCACUCGGUGGUGUCGUCGGUGGUGAGCAGGGACAGGGGGUGGGACGACGGCAGCAAAAUCGGGUCUGGAAUGGGCGCUGCUAGUAGCGCCCUUGACGCUCACAACAGCAGUGGGGGGACGCAUGUAACCGCGCCUGCUUCUGCUUUUACUGCCGCUGCCGCUGGUGCCGCUGGUGCCGCUGGUGCCGCUGGUGCUGCUGGUGCAGCAGCGAGUAGGGGACGUGGAGGGGGCCAGUCUGCUGCUGCAGCGGUGUCAGGUGCUUCUGGUGCGUCGGGUGCCACUACCGGUCUAGACUCGGACGCGGAGGAGAUAGAGAUGGAGGAGAGGGGGUGCGGAAGAAUGGCUGCAGCCUCGCCUGUUACCAGCGCGGCAGCCGUGAGCAACGCUGUGGGAGAAAGCCCACGCAAGCCGGGGUCAGGUGCACCUGGGGUAGGCGCAAUAGGUGCCACUGGUGCAGGUGCAUCUGGUCCGCGGGUGGGCGUGUAUGGGCCAGCCGGGCGGUCGCUGCGGGUAACGGACCUGCACGUGGAGGAGGGGGAGGAGAGCAGCAGCGUGACGAGCGACAGCAGUGAGAGCGACUACCCCACCUCCGCACACAGGCUCGCACGAGCUGGUUCGCCAGCAGCAGCAGCAGCAGCAGCAACAGCAGCAGCGGGAGAGAGGAGAGAGAAGCCCGCAGCAGCAUCGCCUGCUAUUCCCAGGGGGUGGGCUGCCGGCGCCACUGCUGCCACUGUGGCUGCAGCAGCUGCUGCUAUCUCACCUGCUCCUGCUGUGGCAUCCAGUGCCAGAGGCACUGGCGCCGGGGCGCAAGGGGAGAGGGAUGGAGACACGUUGGACACGUCAGCAGAUGGUGACGAGGCAGCAGGGCACGGGUUAGAGCGGUAUUUCACGGUUGCUGAGCUGGCACUGGCGACGAACGAUUUUGGGCGGCAGAGUGAGCGCAGCGUGCUGGGCAGCGGGCGGCACGGCACUGUGUACCGCGCACGGCUACCGGAGGGGACGACAGUGGCUGUAAAACGACUGAGCGACAGAAACCUGGAGCAGUCCCCUCGCGAGUUCAAGUUCGAAGUCGACUCACUAGCCCAGGCCAAGCACCCCAACCUGGCAGCAGUGCUGGGGUGCUGUGCGGAGGGCGAAGAGCGCAUGCUGGUGUACGAGUACCUCGAGAACGGGUCGCUGGACUCGUGGCUCUACCAGACCGCUGCUGGGGGCUCGGCUGACACUCUCGACUGGCCCAUGCGCAUCCACGUUGCCAUAGGGUGUGCCAAAGGCCUCGCACAUCUCCAUGGCGGCAUGGCAGUGAAGGUGGUGCACAGGGACGUCAAGGCCAGCAACGUGCUGCUGGACGCGCAGUGGAACGCCAAGCUGGGCGACUUCGCGCUGGCCAAGGCCAUGGGGCGCGACCAGGGGCACGUGGGCACGCGGGUCAUGGGGACCUUUGGAUACGUGGCUCCUGAGUACUUGAACACGGGGCUGCUGACAGAGCGCAGUGACGUGUACAGCUUUGGUGUGCUGCUGCUGGAGCUGAUUUCUGGCAGGCGGCCCAUCGACAACGAGGCACCCUCGGACCAGAUACCAAUGCAUGCCAGACGCCCCAUUGGCAAUGAGGCGCUCUCGGACCAGCGUGUGCAGGAACGCAAGAGUGGCAGACGGCCCAUGGACUACAAAGGUCCCUCCAACCAGGAACCCAUGAUCGGCAGGCGGUCGUUUGAGCAUGCAACACGCUCGAAGCAGGAACGCAAGUUUGUCAGACGGCCCAUGCAUAAGGGAGCACCCUCGGACCAGGUCGACUUGGUGCGGUGGGUGCGGGCCAAAGCAGCAGAAGAGCGGCUCCUCGAAAUCCUCGACCCGCGGCUGCAGGGGGCGGUGCCUGGGGACGACGUGGAGUAUGCGCUGGGGGUGGCGCUGCGAUGCGUGGAGCCCAACGCGCUCAAGCGGCCGCGCAUGCCGCAGAUCGUGCACAUGCUGGAGAGUGAAGACCCCAAGCAGAGGGACGACUGGGUGGCACGGAGACCAAGCCCUUCCAGUGCCCGCUCCCUUGCCUACCGGGACCCUUCCCCCCGCGCCAGUUUCCGAGACCCCUCCCCCUGCUCCCAACACCUACGGGAUUCCUCCCCCCGCGCCACCAUCCGAGAGCCAUCCCCCCGCGCCCCCUACUUCCGUGACCCCAGCCCGCGCUUCCCCGCUGCUGCCUCCGUGCCUGGGAGCACUGGAGGUUACUCCAGUGGUGGGGGGGGAGGGGGAGCAGGAAUGGGGGCGGGAAUGGGAGGGGGGGCUGCUGCUUGGUCGGAUUCUAGUAGGGGGACUAGUCCCAGGAUAGGGGGGCUUGGCUCAGCAUCGCAUAACGGCACUUACUACGGCAUGCCAGGUUCAGCGAGAGCUGCUGAGCCUUACCGGGGCAGCAGCAUGAGCCCAAGGCAGUAUGGAAUGCCGGGUUCGGCAAGGGCUGCAGAGCUGUACCGAAUUAGCAGCAGUCCGAGGCAAGGUGGCACGCCGAGCCAGAACAGCUAUUACCCGUCGCGCAAUGCAUCUAGCCCCACCGCUCCGGACAUUGGAGCCAUGAUUGCGUCUGCUGCUAUGAGGACAUCUAGCCCAAGAGCCCUGCAUUUCCAGGGUAGUAGUGGAAGUAGCCCCAGGGCCAUGUCCCCUAGGGGCUAUUCACCCCGAGCGUUUGGAGGACCGGGGGGUAUGGUAGGAGGUUCCCCUGCAGCAGGGGCGGGCAUGGGCAUGGGGAUGAGCAUGGGCGUGUCGCCACGAGUGGCGAGCCCAAGGCCGUCAAGUCCGCGCAUGCAGAAUGGGGAUGCGGGGAACAUCAUUGCAAGCCAUGCCAUGAGCAUGAGCACGUACAGGAGACAGGGGUCCUGGAGUAGGAGAUAACACGGCGACACGGGACGGACACAUUCGUUAGACUUGAUUCAUGUGUAACAAUGGGUUGAGGGAUAACGCUGGAAGCUUAGGAAGGUGUAGUGGAAGCUUUGUUAGAGCAUGGACAAGUGUUUGUCCAGAAGUCCCGAGACUGAUGUUUAGUGGAAGGUCAUAUGAUACGAGCAAAGAAGUGCAGGACGGGGUACCGUACUAGAGCAUGGAGUGAGCAGUCGCUCAAUACCCGGCCACUCUGGCAGAUCUCUGAUCAUUCCUGACCAGGGCCU